UAUCGUCCGACUCUCGGGGAGUGAGGAGCGCAGUGAGUCGGUGCAGGUCGCUGGGAGACGGACGCUUAUGAAACACACUCGAACCUCUUUUUCUGAUCCCGCUCGUCCACGGCUGUCAUCAACUUGAGGAAAAGCUUCCAAGGAUCAGUUUGAAAAGGACUGACAGCCCUGUCCUCACACCCCAGUGAUGCUUAGUUGCUGCAUCCCAGAGGCCCACCUUGGCAGUUAGAGGAGCAGUCAUCACCAUGACAGCGUCCUCGCUAGACUCCGGAUCCUGGUCCAUGGCUGGCUUCUUCCUGCUCAUCUUCCUCCCGACUGCUUUCACUCAGAGCUCUGCUGUUUCGAUGACCCCAACCCCAGCGCUUUUUGACCCCCUGACCCAUCCAGAGUGCAUCAAGAAGGAGCAUCCAAAAGUUUCAAUACAAGCUCUCACUCCAUGGAUAUCUACUUUCUCCUACCCCACUGUGAGAGACUACUCCCAGCUGACCCUUGACCUGAGUCGGAAUGAGCUUAUUGUUGGUGCCAGGAACUACCUGUUCAGACUGGACCUCAGCAACAUGUCGAUCAUACAGGCAACAGAGUGGGCUCCGGACGAGGAAACCAGGAGGUCCUGUCAGAGCAAAGGCAAAACAGAGACUGAAUGCCAGAAUUACAUCCGAGUGCUGCUGGUGAACAAGACGGAGGUCAUGACCUGCGGAACCAACGCUUUCCAGCCGCUCUGCAUUACUCGAGAGGUGGGCAACAUGAGUAGUGUGCUGGAACGGGUCAAUGGCGUGGCACGGUGCCCUUACGAUCCCCGCCACAACUCCACAGCAGUAGUGACCGAGAGCGGAGAAUUGUAUGCAGCCACUGUCAUUGACUUCUCCGGGAGAGAUCCAGUCAUCUACCGCAGUCUGGGCGGGAUGCCCCCUCUGCGAACUGCCCAGUACAAUUCAAAAUGGCUGAAUGAGCCCCACUUUAUCUCAGCCUAUGACAUCGGCCUGUUUACAUUCUUCUUCCUGAGGGAGAAUGCUGUGGAGCAUGACUGUGGGAAGACGGUUUACUCCCGCGUGGCACGAGUGUGCAAGAAUGACAUCGGCGGACGAUUCCUGCUGGAGGACACCUGGACCACGUUCAUGAAGGCCAGGCUGAACUGUUCGCGCUCUGGAGAGAUCCCCUUCUACUACAAUGAGUUACAGAGCACCUUCUACCUGCCAGAGCAGGACCUCAUCUAUGGCAUCUUCACCACCAAUGUCAACAGUAUCGCAGCGUCUGCGGUGUGUGCGUUCAACCUCAGCGCCAUCACUCAGGCCUUCAACGGGCCCUUCCGCUCGCAGGAGAAUCCUCGCUCCACUUGGCUCCCCACACCCAACCCCAUCCACAACUUUCAGUGUGGAACAAUUGACGAUGACGGUCCUAACGAGGGUUUGACAGAACGCAGUCUUCAGGAUGCCCAGCGACUCUACUUGAUGAAUGAUGUAGUCCAGCCCGAGUCUGUGGAUCCGCUGGUCAUGCAGGACGACGUCCGGUUUUCCAACCUGGUUGUGGAUAUUGUUCAAGGCAUGGACACGCUCUACCACGUCAUAUACAUCAGCACAGAAUAUGGCACCAUACUCAAGGCUCUGGCCACUCCCAAUAAAAACCUGCAAGGAUGUUACCUGGAAGAGAUGGAACUCUUCCCAUCGGGAGUACGUGAACCAAUCCUGAGUCUGCAGAUCCUGCACAGCGACCGGUCGCUGUUUGUUGGACUCAACAAUAGAGUCCUGAAGAUUCCGCUUGAGAGAUGCACCACCUACACCAGCGAAACGCUGUGUUUGGAAGCCAGAGACCCCUACUGCGGCUGGGACUUCAUGCAGAGGCGUUGCACUACACUGGAGUACAGCUCGAACAUGAGCCAGUGGAAGCAGAACAUCACUGUGUGUCCAUUGCAGAACCAGACCACCAAUGGCGGUUUUGGACCAUGGACAGUCUGGCAACCGUGCACCAAUGAUGAUGGUGCGGACAGUGUCAGCUCAUGUCUGUGUCGCUCCAGGUCAUGUGACAGCCCGGCCCCUCGCUGUGGAGGCAAGAGUUGUGAGGGUCCGACCAUUGAGGUGUCCAACUGUUCCAGGAAUGGAGGCUGGACGCCAUGGUCGUCAUGGGGACAGUGCAGUACCACUUGUGGCACUGGCUUCGAGCUGCGCCAGCGCUCCUGUAACAAUCCCUCCCCCCGCCACGGCGGUCGUGUCUGCGUGGGGCCGAGCAGAGAUGAGAGGUUCUGCAACGAAGGGCUGUCCUGUCCGCAGCCUAUUUUCUGGACCCCAUGGGGUCCCUGGACCAAGUGCAGCACUGAGUGUGGGGGAGGGGUCCACUCCAGAGUUCGGACCUGUGAGAACGGCAACAGCUGUGCAGGAUGUGCCCUGGAGUACAAGGCCUGUAACUUGGAGGCUUGCCCGGAGGUAAAGAGGAACACUCCAUGGACCCCGUGGAUGCCUGUCAACGUGACGCAGGGAGGGGCCCGCCAGGAGCAGAGGAUGCGGUACAUGUGUCGCGCUCAUCUGCAGGAUCCCCACGAGCUGCAGAUCGGACGCAGGAAGGUGGAGACGCGCUUCUGCCCCAACGAUGGAACAGCAGUGUGCGAGACUGACAUGUUGGUGGAAGAGCUCCUGAAGACGCCUGUGGUGAGAGUGGCAGGUGCCGGGUGGUCAUCGUGGGAGACGUGGUCCAGCUGCUCCCAGAGCUGCUCUAAAGGUUACCGUACACGCAGGCGCUCAUGCUCGGGACCAGAAGGGAAGAGCGCGCCAGUGGCCUGCAGAGGGUCGCCUGUCGAGUACCAGGACUGUAACGUCCAGGCCUGUCCAGUAAAAGGGUCCUGGUCCUGCUGGUCAUCCUGGUCACAGUGCUCAGUGGGAUGUGGUGGUGGUCACUACCAGCGCACGCGCUCCUGUAACAGUCCCACACCGGCCUAUGGAGGGGAUAUCUGCCUUGGAUUACACACUGAAGAGGCCCUCUGCAACACACACACUUGUGACGGUGGAUGGAUGGCCUGGUCACUUUGGUCAGCCUGCGACGAUUCAGGCAUACAGAUGAGGACCCGGGUUUGCGGCACUCAGAGCAGCACCCCAUGUGUGGGCAACAGCACUCAACGAAGGAACUGUAAUGAAAUACCUGUCAUUCUCCCUGCAUCUGGCUUUGAUAAGGACCAGCACUGUGGAGCGUUCACCUCCAUCCACCUGAUUGCCACGGGCGUCUCCUGUUUCCUCGGCGCGGGUCUGCUUUCCUUCCUGAUUUACGUGUACUGCCAACGUUUCCACAAGCCCUCACAGGAGUCGGCCGUCAUUCACCCCACCACCCCAAAUCACCUCAACUACAAGGGCAACACCACGCCAAAGAAUGAGAAAUACACUCCUAUGGAGUUCAAAACACUGAACAAAAAUAACCUGCUGCCGGACGAACGGUCCAACUUCUACCCAACGUCGCUCCAGCAGACCAACGUCUACACCACCACUUACUACCCCUCCGGGCUGGGCAAGUAUGACUACCAGCCCAACUCAUCUCCAUCACCAUGCAGGACGUAUAACAACAGCACCAACAGCAACAACAGCUGAGAUGAAAAAGCCGCUGUCCCACGCUCCCUGUCCCUCUGGCUGCCCUCCAACUAGAGUUUGCCACCGCCCCACUCUGCGCGACACGUUUGUGAUUUCAAGAGCAUCUCUGGAACUUUCCGUCCAGAGGGUCAAACCACAAAUCCUGUGUCCCGCUGUGAGCAGGGACUGAUACGACCCGCUGGGAUCACGCUGUUACUGUCACGCCUGCGUCAGCACUGAGCACCAUGUGGAGAUGAUUCGUGGGUUCAAAGCAGAACAAUCCAGGGACACACACACACGCAUACUUUAAACGUCUGGAGGGGCUCGACAGCGAAAGCCGAGCUGAACAAGCGGAGCGGUGGAUCAAUAUCAGGAAAGAGAGAGUAAUGGACAAGUCCUCAGCAAAGAGCUGAUUGGAGGAGUUGACGGACGUCGUCGACAAAGACCUUGAGAACCGUGUACAAAGUUUCAGAAUGCCUUGGGUGCCUGUUCAACAACACUUUGCAGGGGCGAGGAUUGUUAACUUGUUUCUUGUUUAUGUUUUUGUCCGUGAACAAUAAAGACUGGAGAACCGACUGAUCCGCUGACAGAUGAUUCUACUGAUGGCUAAUAGCUUGGUGUUCAUAUCAAAUAUGACCAUCCUGCUGGGAGACUGGAACAAUGGCAGAAUAAGCUAGAAGAUGUUUUUCUUAUAUUGUUUUUUUUUUUACUUUGUGUCACGCUCAAAGGAACUGUAGCAUAGGAGGACAUGUUUUUUGUCUAAUGAGAAAAACCUGAUUAAUUCCUUUUUUAUUUGAUGAAUUUGUAUAGUUACAUCUAUUGAGAUUGUUCCACCAAAAAGACUACAAAAAAAUGUGAAUGUGUGAUGAAUGAUUCACGGAUCAAGCGCUUUCAUACGUUCCACUGCAAUGUCUUAAAAACGUCUGCUGCAACAUUUUCUUGUCUGUCACUGAACGCACACGUUCAAAUCUGCUUCUUAAGGAUUAGUAACUAAGCCUGGUUCAAACCUUUUUCCACACUUGUUUUCAUCAAUAUUGCCACUUCAAUGAAUGCUACUGUGGCUAUCGCUAUUUCCGUUCAGCUAAUGUACAUGCACGAGUCUGUAAAUAGGCGCGACCGAUUGACCCCAGGGUCCUGUAAAUUAAUCUGUAAAUUGUAUGAUAACACUGUCCAUUUGAGUAAAAAGCCUUAUAGUUGUGCAGCAGCAGUACACACUGACCACGAGGUCUGUUUGGGGACAGAGAUUCCACAUGAGACCGACCUCCCAGGGCGAUCGACCUUUCCAGCUGCUCAAACAGCAAAUUUAAAAGAUCAUCGCCAGCCCGUGUGAUUGCAAACUUCAAAGGGGAAAUGUAGUUCAACAGAUGUUGCUUUCAUCUCCCGGGGUAAAACGUCAAGUUGUUCACAUAAAAAGUCCCCUGAGCGGUCUUCGGAGCACCAUCCCCUUCGAUGUGACGCCCUUCUAUGCAACUUACCAGGUGUACGGUUAGACCUGUCAUGUAGACUAUAAUCACUGCCUUUUAGACACUGUGAAUUUUUUGCUACCCUAUAUUUUUGUAUAUUGUACAUUACAACGGAAAAUAAACCUUGAU